AAUUAUUAACUUUUUAACGAAAAUAUCUUAUCAUUUGUAUAAUAAUACAUAAUGUAUCAUGUAUACAUUUGAAAAAUAUCUCUACAAAGCAUCUUUUCGUUUCUUCUCCCUCUGGCUCCUCCGCAUUUCUUCUUUCCUCCCUCUUUUUUCUACAAAACGCAGGUGUAAAGCUCAUCACAAAUCCUUCAAAACAAGCUCAUCCUCUUCACCCUCUUGCCGCCGUUAAGCAAAGGUAAAAGGAGAGCCAAAUAGAUCGUAUACAUCUGCUAAAAUCUCUGAUUCUCUCUGUAAUGGAGACUUGUAGGGCAAGUAAGAGUAGUGAAACAGUUCCGAGAGUUUGUCUAGAGUUUAGGGUGGAUAGGCUGAGUAGUCUUCCAGACGAAAUUACUCAUGGAAUCCUCUCGUUGCUUCCAUUUGGAGACCUCUCUCGCUUUGGGAGUUUAUCCAAACGCUGCAGGGAGCUCCAUUGGUCAGCUCCCAGUUUCAGAUUAGAUUUGUCUAAAGUUGAUAUAUCAACUUGUGAUAAGUGGUCCAGGUUCGCAAAUUCUGUGGAUAGGUUCUUAGACCAUCGUGGGGAGAACAGAAUCCUUCACUUAGGUAUUAGAUUCGACGUCCGCGAACAUAUUUUUGGAAAUGAAACCCCAUGCAUUUGUGAGGGGGUAGGACGUCGGUUUGUUUCAUGGAUCGAUAAUGCUUUAAGGUGCAAGGUUGAAAUACUUGACCUUGAUAUCAGUAGGAUCCAUCUAGCGAAUGGGGUAGGUGAUAUCACCAUUGAGAGCUCAUCACUAAAAUCAUUUAGUAUUUCGAGCAACAAUUGGACAGUUCGUCGACUGACAAGCAUCGGUCAUAAGCUUGAAGAUGUUCGCAUAGAUUGGCGUUCGGAGUGGUGUACAACAGUAAGCAUAUUUGCUUCAGAUGUUGAGAAUUUGGAGUGGGAUGGGAUUACUGUCAACCACCAGCUCGGGACCUUAGAAAGGGCCGAGCUUUCUUUGGCCGAUGUCAUACGUAGAGAUCUGUCACCUGAUGUGAAGGCAGUUGACUUCCUUACCAGCGUGCACCGGGUUAAAGCUUUAACUCUAAAUCACAAUACCAUCAAGGCUUUGUUCAGGAAAGGAAUACCACCCUUAGAGAACGUUUGUGAUUUCUCUAUGAAAAUCGGAAACUUUAGUGGUGAAUUGGUGUUGGCAUUGGUCCCUAUUCUUAGGGCAAUGCCUAAUUUAACUAUCUUGGACGUGAAGUCUACAACGCCGCCCCGUUGCCUUCUAAAUGAAUGUUCAGGUCUUACUAUGGAAUAUUGGAGGUCAAGCAAGCUUCCUUUCCUCUCUCAGCUUAAGGAGGUAACCGUAGCCCUUAAUCGACACUUCUACGGGAGCAACCAAAUCGAGUUCAUAAGGUUUAUCCUUGAGGAUGCUCAAAGCCUGAGGAAAAUGGUGAUUAUUCAUCCAUUAGGCCUUGGGAAGGGGCAUCUGAGGAAGUUGAAUGAAAGCGGGAAGACUUCCAAUGCUUGCAUAGUCUAUCGCAGGUUCAAGUAAUCACCAGCUUCCCUACCAAACGCUCAGAUAUGUUUUCCUGGAUUUCGACGUAAGCAGUCUAGUGCAGAUUCACAAGCCCCACCUGUUCAGCCUCCACGUUGAGAGGGUCUUGAGGGCUUUUGGGGAUAUGGUUUUGACAAAGGCGAAGUGGGGUUGGGAGAGAUUCGGGAUUUCCAAGUUGAAGAUCCAAGAAAAGAGCAAAGUGCAGAUUGGGGCUAAGUUGAAGAUUCAAGAAAAGAGUGAAGUGCAGAUAAGAAUGAUUCUGAAAAGAAAUCAAGACACUCAAGAGGGGGGAAAAGUAAGAUUUCCAAGGAAGAUGAUGUUGGCAUUCGGGAGGCGUCCUCAACUUCAGAGUCUUCUCAAACUUUUAUGAAUAGAAGUCCUAAAGAAGCAAGAGAGGAAUUCCAUGGUGAGAAGACUGAUAAAUCAAAUGAGCCAAUGCUGAGAUCCUCUCGUAUACCUUCGGGGGCAAAAAAACUUAAUCGCUCCAUUACUUGGGCUGACGAGAAGGUGGAACAUAGAAUGAAUGGUUAUGAUACAUUUGGCGGUAUCCACAAACCUUUUCGUAAACCUUCAGCGGAAAAUGAAGUCGGUUGCUCUGUUACUGGGUCUGAUGAGAAGAUUGAUAGCACCAAGAGUAAAAAUGUUUGCGAGGUUAGAGAAGUGCAAGGUGCCAAAGAGGGUUCUGGUCUAUUAGAAAAUUUGUAAUGGCAAGAUGAUGAACGUUUGGAAUCUGCAGAAUUCUUGGCCAUGGAAUUGAGGCAGGCAGCAGAAGCUGUUGCAUCUGGAGAAUCUGAUGUCAAUGGUGCUGGUAUGUCAUUGUUUGGUUUAAAUGUAUUUAGUAGGUACUAUGAUGCGUGAUAAACCAGGACUGGAAAAUAUAUCUUUUCAACUAUUUAGUUCAUAGGGGCUACUUUCCCUGUGUUGAUCUUACAUGCAUUUUAUUUACUUAUAUUCGGUUUCGAAGAAAACCAUAGCUAUCCUUGCACGUUCUGGUUAAUGUCAAUUCAAUUGUAAAAAAUAGAACCUAGAAAGUGAUUACAUUAUGAA